AGUUUCGGAACCGCACCUGUGAUGCACAUACUUAACAGGCGCAAAUAAAGUCAUGAGUGAUUUGGCUACAACAAAUUUUAGUGUAUAACGAGACGACUAUACGACAGAAAUCGCUGUUUGGGAAGAAAAUGCCGUACACGGCAAUAGGUGAUUGCCAAUCGUCGCUUAGAAUAUCGAAUCAAAAUAAUGUUUUCGAUCGAGGAAACGUGCGCGUGAUAUUGCAAAAUUGUCCCAGCGAUAAUAAAUUAUUAGUCGAACGUUUUCUGCACACAAUGUCGGUAAUCGUGGAAGCGGAAGACCGAGAAAACGUAAUAUCGAAAUUAAGUGAAGUGAUAAAAAAUGCCGCGUACGAAAGCAUCGCGUUAAACGGAAUAUUCAAUGUAGGCGUUUCGGGUGGCUCGCUCGUGUCUUUCCUCGCUGCGGGGCUCCCCAAAAUCAAAACGGACUUUACAAAAUGGAGAAUAUUCUUUUGUGACGAACGAGUCGUCCCGGAGGACGAUCCGGACUCGACGUUCGGGGCUUACAAAAAUCAACUGGUAGAUAAUAAAAAUAUUAACCUUAGAGAGGACCAGUUUGUUACUAUUAAGCAGGGCGUAUCUGCUGACGAUGCGGCAAAAGCUUACUCCGACGAAAUAGCGAAGUACCUGCCGGGCAACCCCCUGCCGCAAUUCGACAUGCUCCUUUUGGGAAUGGGCCCCGACGGGCACACUUGUUCUCUGUUCCCAGGCCAUAAACUUUUAAAUGAAACCGAGAGGUGGGUGGCCCCCAUAACCGAUUCGCCGAAACCUCCCCCGAGUAGAAUCACCCUGACAUUUCCAGUAAUUAACAAUGCGAAGGCUUGUGUCUUUGCAAUCAGCGGAAAGGACAAGGCUGAUAUGAUUAAGAGAAUAUUACUAGACAAAGAAGACCUGCCUGCCGCCAGGGUGCAGCCCGCGUCGGGUCGUCUCUAUUGGAUAUUGGAUAAGGAAGCGGGAGUUCAUCUGCCGAAGUGAAAAAAAAAGUUUUGUAAUCGAAAAUUUUAUUCUUGGAAACUUUUAAUACAAUAAAUACUGUAU